AUGCUAAAAGUAUGUUACCAAGUUCGAAAAACACCUUCACCUUCACCUUCACCGAAGACUAUAAGGUCACAUGCAAAUUUCUUUGAAGGCAAGACGUUGUUUACGCUUUACUUUAUCCUUGCACGAGCUGCACGGUGCGCGCCCGAUUCCCAAAGCAUAGAGUAUUGCGAUUGGGACCCAUGCCCGUCGGGUCGCGAUGUAGCUCUCAAAUUGUGCACUCAUUUGAAUCAAACAGCAACCGCAAGUUCGACAGUUGCUUUGGGGGAACUUCCUGGUUUCGCAGGGGGGCGCUAA